UGACGUUGCGUCACGUGAGCGCGGCGCAUAAUACUGCGUGGUGUUAUGGCACUGGGAAGAAAACCGGAGCCCUGGUCUGGCCAUAUGAUGCAGAUUAUAUGCGGGUUACCCCACUUUUCGCGAGGGGGGAGUCCUGGCUUUGUAGUUGUUUAUCCAGGGAGAAAAGAAAGUAGAGGCAGUCUGAGAGAAAGAGGAUUCCGGUUUGUGGAUGUAUUCUGCUGUCACGGACGGAUAUGUUUUUCCACGCGGACGGAUUCAGAGCUCGAGCUUUGGGAGGAUGGAUUUUAUUUUGAGAAAUCCAGCUCAGUAAAUUCUGGCCAACGCACGGUCUCCGAGACACCUUGAACUCCCUUCGGUUCACCCAAGGAGGCCAUUGGCGGAGAGGCGUCACGUGACCACGGGGUGCCAAUGUUAUUCUACAAGGGUGUCAAGACCCUGUCAGUUUCUGAAAUAAAUAUUGGGAAACGGCGAGAUGCAAAAGGCAACCUACUACGACAGCUCUGCAAUUUACAGUGGCUACCCAUAUCAAAGCGCAAAUGGCUUCAGUUAUGAUGCCAAUCAGGUCCAAUAUCCCCGGGCCUCUCAUGUGGGUGAGUACCAUCGACCUGCCUGCUCCCUGCAGUCUCCUGACGGCUCCGUGGCUUUGCAAAAGCCGGGGGAGAUGGAGGAGAGCUGCGACAGGACCACAGCCAUUCAGGCGGCACAGUCCAAGGUUCAUCCCGAAAGCAAUCAGCCGCAGGUGCCGGUGUCAGGCCCACCCCCUUCCUCACAGUCCCCCGGUGCUAUCAGCCAAAACACAAGCAACGGGUCCAACCAACCAGCCAGUGCCAAGAACGACUCCCCGACCUCUACUGCUCGCAGCAAGCAGAUCUUCCCUUGGAUGAAGGAAUCCCGUCAGAACACCAAGCAAAAACCCACCAGUAGCUCCAGUUCAGUGGAGAGUUGCCCCGGAGACAAGAGCCCCCCGGGGUCAGCAGCAUCAAAGAGGGCCCGGACAGCUUACAACGCUCAGCUUGUGGAGCUAGAGAAGGAGUUCCACUUUAACCGGUACCUCUGCAGACCCCGGAUGGAGAUGGCUAACUUGCUCAACCUCACAGAGAGACAGAUCAAAAUCUGGUUCCAGAACCGCAGGAUGAAAUACAAGAAGGAUCAGAAAGGCGUCGGAAUGAUGCCUUCUCCCGGUGGACAGUCCCCGCGCAGUCCCGUGGGCCCCGCUUCCGGUGGUGCCGGCGGUGUGGGAGGCGGAUACCUCAACUCUAUGCAUUCUCUUGUAAACAGUGUACCAUAUGAAUCCCAGUCGCCGAAUUCUUACAAUAAACCUCAUCAAAAUGCAUACGGUAUGCCUACGUUACCCCCUCCUUUAAACAACUCCCUCAACAACUGCCCGCCCUCCCAGAAGAGGUAUCCCGGGAACGACUCUGCCACGCCCGAGUAUGACGCGCAUCCCCUUCAAGGAAAUGGCAGUUAUGCGCACAUGCAAGGCAGCCCUGUUUAUGUCGGCGGAGGUUACAUCGACUCAAUGCCCAGUUCUGGGGCCUGUUUCGGUCUGACCACCUACUCACCACCGUCCGCAAACAUGGAGUAUAAUGGCAUCACAAUGGGUAACAGUCAGCAUCACGGAGUGUGUGAUCCGACACCGACUUACACAGACCUAACGCACUACUCUCAGGAAAGAAUCCAGGAAGCGCCCAAACUGACGCAUCUGUAGCAGUGGCGCUGCCUGGAUCACUCCGCCCAUUGUCUUAUCCACCUCCAGACAUAUUAUGCUUUGUUUCUGCGCUCCUCACGGCUUCCACCUUCUCUCUGCUUUUGUUUAUGUUUUCUAUAGGUUUUGGUGUGUGAAGUAGCGUAGGAUAAAUAAUCAUGACUUGCUUGAAUUUGCUCGUGUCAUUGUCUCGCAGAGACCUUUAUCUGGCUGUAGGAAUUCUAAAGCGGGAGGGAGG